ACACAUCACCUCCAUCGCUGUCUCUCUUAACCUCUGCAUGUCUUAAAACACACCCCCCCUACUCUCUCUCUCUUCCCCACCCCACUCUGUUUCCGCGGGGCUCCACCGGCCUCGACCCGCCUCCCAUUCGGAUCUUCGCCGCACAUUGACGGAAUGUACUCGGCGAUACAUUCGUUGCCGUUGGAUGGGGACUUUCAAGGGUCACUAGACGGGACAAACUUGCCCGGAGAUGCCUGCUUGGUUCUUACUACGGAUCCCAAGCCACGGCUCCGGUGGACGGCGGAGCUCCAUGAGAGAUUUAUUGACGCUGUUACUCAACUUGGUGGCCCUGACAAAGCAACACCGAAGACGAUAAUGAGAACAAUGGGGGUAAAGGGGCUCACUCUUUAUCACUUGAAGUCUCACCUACAGAAAUACAGGUUGGGAAGGCAAGCUUGCAAAGAAUCAAAUGAUAACUCCAAAGAUGCUUCUGUUGCAGAAAGUCAAGAUACUGGUUCAUCUACAUCGACAUCGUCUAGAGUGAUUACACAAGAUGUAAAUGAUGGUUUCCAGGUUACUGAGGCUUUGCGUGUACAGAUGGAAGUACAAAGACGACUGCAUGAACAGCUGGAGGUGCAGCGUCGUCUCCAACUUCGUAUUGAAGCACAGGGAAAAUACCUACAAUCAAUUCUCGAGAAAGCUUGUAAAGCUUUGAAUGAUCAGGCUGCUGCUUCUGCUGGGCUUGAAGCUGCAAGAGAAGAACUAUCCGAACUCGCAAUCAAGGUUUCGAGUGAAUGUCAGGGAUUCGGAGCAUUUGAUAACUUGAAAAUGCCUUCAUUAUCUGAACUUGCUGUAGCUUUAGAGAACCGAAAUACAUCAAAUUUGCCAGCUCGAAUUGGCGAUUGCUCCAUUGAAAGCUGCUUGACUUCAACCAGCAGCCCUGUUUCUCCAAUCGGGAUUGGUUCACAUGCUUCAAUUAAGAAACGAUCAAGGCCUAUAUUCGGCAAUGGCGAUCCAUUGCCUAUGGAAGGCAACAUGCGGCAAGAAGUAGAAUGGAUGAUGAGUAAUAUAGCGUGAACGGAAAGGCAUCUCCAUUUCCGUCCCGGAAACAGAAAGAGAAACUGUAUCGUAUCUCCAUUCGGGUUACUUUUUCCCUUUUUUUAGCUGAUUCAUCUCUUAUCUUAUCCUGAAAUCAACUGUAUCAUUAUUGGUCUGUAUAGGUUCGGAUCUUUUCAAGUUAAAGAUGAUAUCUUUUAUCAUAAAAACCUGCAAUUUGACCCUGAUUCUGCAAAAA